AUGCCAAGCUCCAUCAAUCAAGGCUCCCUUCGCGAAAGGCAAACAAUCCAACAACUUCCCAUUCCCGCUCGAAAAGGCCACAACGCGAUAUUGAACUCAGACUACAUCCAAGAUAUUGUCAGUGCAAUUGGCACAUGGAACUGCCAGCGAUUGAUCAUAGUACACUCCAAAGCCCUGGACGAGAACACCCAUGUCAUCGAGAAACUGAAAGAGAAACUGGGUUUUUUUGCAGUGGCCUCCAAGUCCGGUGUUGGGGCACAUUCGCCAUACAACGAUGUGCUGGAUAUAACAAGAUUAAUACACGAGAGCAAUGCAGAUUGUGUAGUCAGCAUCGGAAGCAGCAGUUACUCGGACGCAUGUAAGAUUGCCCGCUUGAUGCACGCCAACCUUGCCACGGACAACCUCAAUGUCGAAGCAAUGGAAGCCCUAGUCAAUCAAGAGAAGGGAAAAGCAGACGGCCUGAAAGAUCCUAGCAUCAAACUGAUUGUCAUACCAACCAGUCUCUCCGCCAGCGAGUGGAACAACAAUUCAUCAGCGACAAAUCCUCAAACGCUCAAGAAACAGCAUUUUGCCAGCGAGAACGCAGCCCCGGAUUUGAUUCUUCUCGAUCCAGAAGUAGCUGCUACAUCACCUCGGAAACUCUGGCUUUCAAGCGGUGUACGCGCGGUGGAUCACUGUAUCGAAACAAUGUUGAAUGAACACUGCACAGAAGAAAUAUUCUUCCACAUGGAAAAUGCCCUCCAGACACUCUUGCGCGGCCUCAAAGCGUACAAAAUAGGCGAGGCAGACAACAAGUACUCUGAGCUCCUGGAGGGAAUUGCAAAUUGCCAACUCGGGGCUCGAGACGCUAUGAUGGGACUGAUACUGUGGGCUAUUCCAAUGGGGCUUUCGCACGCUAUUGGGCACCAACUGGGCAGUGUUUGCGGCGUAAUGCAUGGUGUUACUUCGUGUAUCAUGCUGGCGCCUGUGAUAAGGUAUACAGCAGCCAAGUCGGAUAGACAGAGGGAGGUCCAGAAGCGGGUGCUGGAGAUUUGGAAUAGGGCGUUGCAUGCUGAGGAGUCGGAGCUUGCGGAUGCGGUGAGCGGGUUUGUUAGGUAUCUUGAGCUGCCCAGCACGCUCAAGGAAGUUGGUGUUGAGAAGCAAGAAGAUAUUGACAAGGUGGCUGAAAGUACUUUGACGGAUGUGUUUGGGGCCAUGGAGGGCAUGGGCGGAAAGGAAGAUGUGCUUGCCAUUUUGGACUCUGCAAGAGGCUAA